AUGGGUUUCGUGACGUCGCCGCACCCAACUAUUCGAUCUCUGGGGAGUAUAUCACCCCCAAUAUAUAGGAUCGAAUUGGAAACAACUUGGGUAUCUGGAGCAGAUGGACCUGGUCUACUGGAUUCAUUAUCAGAUGAGCUGUUCGAGCUGCUAGAGCUUGAUGACGAUGAGCUGGAGUCUGUAGAGGUACUUGAGCAGGACGACGAAGAUACUCGUCUAGGGGUUAAGACCUUUUUGAAGCUACAAUUGGUGAUACCUCCAGAGCUGAUGCUACAACAGGUGAUACCGUCAUAG